UCGACCGAGUCUUUGAGCGACUGGAAAAUGGAAACGCUGUUGACAACGUGGAUGAAUUCUUUACAAAGCUUACAGAGCAGGAGGAGGUCCCAGAGUUCCAGGCUGACGUGAGGGAUCGCAUUAUGAACAAGACCUACAUCAUCAUCAGUCCCUCUUUCCCAGAGUUCACUGAACAGGACUUUUUUGGUUGGUUCCAUGUCAAACUGGUCCCCGUCCUUGCAAGUUUCACUCCAGAAAUGCUCCGAGGUGUAACUACCAACAUGAACUGCACAAACUAUCACAUCAUUGUGAGUGGGAUGGCCAAGGUUGUCUCUGCCAUACCUCAGCAAAGACUGCAAGAAAUUGCAGAUGUUUUACUGGAAUACCUGCAAGACUCUGCCGCUGUCAUCAACCAGCCAGAUUGCAGGACAGGAAUCAAGACUGAUGCCCAAUGGAUUGAAACAAACCUGGGUCCAUUUUCUCCAUACAUAACAUAUUCUGAGCUCAAAUUCUUCAACCUCUCUCUGGGAGCACUCGUGAAUGUUCUUUCACCAACACAGAAAGCUGAGCUGAUAAUGGAUCCAGACAGCGGUGGUCUGGAAGAUGCCAUCCUUGUAAAGGAGGUGCUCACAAACCUGACAGAGUCUGGUGAUGAAGAGCAGCUUGGUCAGUUUUUCCAAGUGUUCACACAGAUCCUCCAGCAGACAAACACAACCUUCAUCCUAAAUGCGGCUGUACGAGAGACCAUCUUAAACCUGACUUUGAACGGCCUCGCUCCUAAAUUUGUCUCCUUUGAAGUAGAAGACUAUGAGCUGUGGUUCCAGGUCUAUUUGGUUCCUGUCAUAGCAAGCCUCCAUCCUGACAGCCUGCGGGUGAUACCCAGUAACAUCAGUUGUGAAUCCUACGAAGCUAUAGUCACUGGUCUAAUGGAAAGCCUGGAAUUCCUGCCACUGGGCAUUUCAAUGGACGUGAGAGCUAGCUUGGAAUCACUACAGGAGACCUUCCCAGAUUGUGCAGAACUUGAUUCUUUCACGUGCAAAGAGACACAUGUUGAUGAAAUGCUCAUCUGCUGGGGGGUAGACAGCUCUCAACUCCAGAAGACACUGGAGGAUAACAAUUCCACGUCAGCCGUGUGCAAUUUUACCAUCAUUGAACAUGCCUGUACCACACCAACAAACCUCACAGCAGGCAACUUGGCCACACUCCUGACAUGCUCUGUGGAAAGCAACAAGCCAUAUGUGGUGGAAGUUUGGCAGCUUCUUUUCCACAAAGCUUCUCCCGUACUCAGCCAGGCUCUUGACAUGUUCGCCACCAUGGCCCCCACCACCAUGAACUCUGCUUAUUCCAAUGCACUUGAUGCUCUGGGAGAAGUGGUAGUUAAAAAGCUUACUCAGGAUGAACUGAAGAGUAAGGAUGCCAUUAGAAAAAGCGAAGCAGUGUUUACUCACUUCAUCCGACCGUUCCUUUCCAGAAAAGAUUUGCCAGACCCAGGUUGUGUGUCCUCUGCCGAUGGUAGUCAACUCUGGCUGCAGGCCAACCUUGGCAAUUUCUCUGCUUUUGCAACCAUAGAGGAUUUGCAAACCUUCAAUCCAAACUUCUCCAGUGCCCAAGCCUUGUCAGAACUGUCACCCUCUCAGGUAGCACAGUUACUGCUGAGCUCAGACAUCUCAAAUGACACAAAAUUUAUCGACCGAGUCUUUGAGCGACUGGAAAAUGGAAACGCUGUUGACAACGUGGAUGAAUUCUUUACAAAGCUUACAGAGCAGGAGGAGGUCCCAGAGUUCCAGGCUGACGUGAGGGAUCGCAUUAUGAACAAGACCUACAUCAUCAUCAGUCCCUCUUUCCCAGAGUUCACUGAACAGGACUUUUUUGGUUGGUUCCAUGUCAAACUGGUCCCCGUCCUUGCAAGUUUCACUCCAGAAAUGCUCCGAGGUGUAACUACCAACAUGAACUGCACAAACUAUCACAUCAUUGUGAGUGGGAUGGCCAAGGUUGUCUCUGCCAUACCUCAGCAAAGACUGCAAGAAAUUGCAGAUGUUUUACUGGAAUACCUGCAAGACUCUGCCGCUGUCAUCAACCAGCCAGAUUGCAGGACAGGAAUCAAGACUGAUGCCCAAUGGAUUGAAACAAACCUGGGUCCAUUUUCUCCAUACAUAACAUAUUCUGAGCUCAAAUUCUUCAACCUCUCUCUGGGAGCACUCGUGAAUGUUCUUUCACCAACACAGAAAGCUGAGCUGAUAAUGGAUCCAGACAGCGGUGGUCUGGAAGAUGCCAUCCUUGUAAAGGAGGUGCUCACAAACCUGACAGAGUCUGGUGAUGAAGAGCAGCUUGGUCAGUUUUUCCAAGUGUUCACACAGAUCCUCCAGCAGACAAACACAACCUUCAUCCUAAAUGCGGCUGUACGAGAGACCAUCUUAAACCUGACUUUGAACGGCCUCGCUCCUAAAUUUGUCUCCUUUGAAGUAGAAGACUAUGAGCUGUGGUUCCAGGUCUAUUUGGUUCCUGUCAUAGCAAGCCUCCAUCCUGACAGCCUGCGGGUGAUACCCAGUAACAUCAGCUGUGAAUCCUACGAAGCUAUAGUCACUGGUCUAAUGGAAAGCCUGGAAUUCCUGCCACUGGGCAUUUCAAUGGACGUGAGAGCUAGCUUGGAAUCACUACAGGAGACCUUCCCAGAUUGUGCAGAACUUGAUUCUUUCACGUGCAAAGAGACACAUGUUGAUGAAAUGCUCAUCUGCUGGGGGGUAGACAGCUCUCAACUCCAGAAGACACUGGAGGAUAACAAUUCCACGUCAGCCGUGUGCAAUUUUACCAUCAUUGAACAUGCCUGUACCACACCAACAAACCUCACAGCAGGCAACUUGGCCACACUCCUGACAUGCUCUGUGGAAAGCAACAAGCCAUAUGUGGUGGAAGUUUGGCAGCUUCUUUUCCACAAAGCUUCUCCCGUACUCAGCCAGGCUCUUGACAUGUUCGCCACCAUGGCCCCCACCACCAUGAACUCUGCUUAUUCCAAUGCACUUGAUGCUCUGGGAGAAGUGGUAGUUAAAAAGCUUACUCAGGAUGAACUGAAGAGUAAGGAUGCCAUUAGAAGUAGGUUCCAGAUGGAGCUCCGUCCGUUCCUGGCCUCCCCGUCAACAAAUUUCCUCUCCUGCCUUGGCACCUACAACUUCAGCUGCCAGACAUAUCAGCUUGUCCUUGAGGCAUUCAGCAACCAAAGCCCAUUGAUGGACAACAACAGAAAGCGAACAGUGUUUACUCACUUCAUCCGACCGUUCCUUUCCAGAAAAGAUUUGCCAGACCCAGGUUGUGUGUCCUCUGCCGAUGGUAGUCAACUCUGGCUGCAAGCCAACCUUGGCAAUUUCUCUGCUUUUGCAACCAUAGAGGAUUUGCAAACCUUCAAUCCAAACUUCUCCAGUGCCCAAGCCUUGUCAGAACUGUCACCCUCUCAGGUAGCACAGUUACUGCUGAGCUCAGACAUCUCAAAUGACACAAAAUUUAUCGACCGAGUCUUUGAGCGACUGGAAAAUGGAAACGCUGUUGACAACGUGGAUGAAUUCUUUACAAAGCUUACAGAGCAGGAGGAGGUCCCAGAGUUCCAGGCUGACGUGAGGGAUCGCAUUAUGAACAAGACCUACAUCAUCAUCAGUCCCUCUUUCCCAGAGUUCACUGAACAGGACUUUUUUGGUUGGUUCCAUGUCAAACUGGUCCCCGUCCUUGCAAGUUUCACUCCAGAAAUGCUCCGAGGUGUAACUACCAACAUGAACUGCACAAACUAUCACAUCAUUGUGAGUGGGAUGGCCAAGGUUGUCUCUGCCAUACCUCAGCAAAGAUUGCAAGAAAUUGCAGAGGUUUUACUGGAAUACCUGCAAGACUCUGCCGCUGUCAUCAACCAGCCAGGUAGGUCUGCCAUAUAA